GGAACUCCGUAAGCGCCUUGUAGUGGUGACGUGACAUUCUUCCUGGUUGCUUGGAUGCUGUUGGGGGAAAGACCGGGGAGCCGCGACUGGGGUCGGGCCGGAGCCUUCGGCGUCCUCCGGAGAGUCCCCCUCGCCUAGCCCGCUUGUUGUGGGGCCCUCGCCGCGGGGCCAGGCCCAGCCAGGCCGCCGCUUCAGGGCCAGAAAGCUUCCGUGUUUGAUCCCAUUUGAGCAGUUUCUGAAGUUGCCAAAAUGGUUCUAGCAGAUCUUGGGAGAAAAAUAACAUCAGCGUUGCGCUCAUUGAGCAAUGCUACAAUUAUCAAUGAAGAGGUUUUAAAUGCUAUGCUAAAAGAAGUAUGUACGGCAUUACUAGAAGCUGAUGUCAACAUUAAGUUAGUGAAGCAACUCAGAGAAAAUGUCAAAUCUGCUAUUGAUCUUGAAGAAAUGGCUUCUGGCCUCAACAAAAGAAAAAUGAUUCAGCAUGCUGUAUUUAAGGAACUUGUUAAGCUUGUAGAUCCUGGAGUCAAAGCAUGGACCCCAACAAAAGGAAAACAGAACAUCAUUAUGUUUGUUGGACUGCAGGGAAGUGGCAAAACAACUUCAUGUUCCAAGUUGGCAUACUAUUACCAGAGGAAAGGCUGGAAGACGUGUUUGAUAUGCGCAGAUACUUACAGAGCAGGUGCCUUUGACCAGUUAAAACAAAAUGCAACAAAAGCAAGAAUUCCAUUUUAUGGCAGUUACACAGAGAUGGAUCCCGUGAUUAUUGCAUCAGAAGGUGUUGAAAAAUUUAAGAAUGAAAACUUUGAAAUAAUAAUUGUUGAUACAAGUGGUCGUCACAAGCAGGAAGAUUCUCUGUUUGAAGAAAUGUUGCAAGUUGCUAAUGCCAUACAACCUGAUAAUAUUGUUUAUGUGAUGGAUGCUUCUAUUGGGCAAGCGUGUGAAGCUCAAGCAAAAGCUUUCAAAGAUAAAGUUGAUGUUGCUUCUGUGAUUGUGACAAAACUUGACGGUCAUGCAAAAGGAGGUGGUGCACUCAGUGCAGUUGCUGCCACAAAAAGUCCAAUAAUUUUUAUUGGUACUGGUGAACACAUAGAUGACUUUGAACCCUUUAAAACACAGCCCUUUAUCAGCAAACUUCUUGGCAUGGGAGACAUUGAAGGAUUGAUAGAUAAAGUAAAUGAAUUGAAAUUAGAUGACAAUGAGGCCCUUAUAGAGAAACUAAAACAUGGUCAGUUUACUCUGAGAGAUAUGUAUGAACAGUUUCAAAACAUCAUGAAAAUGGGACCCUUCAGUCAAAUACUGGGUAUGAUUCCUGGUUUUGGAACAGAUUUUAUGAGUAAAGGCAAUGAACAGGAGUCAAUGGCAAGACUAAAGAAACUAAUGACAAUAAUGGACAGUAUGAAUGAUCAAGAACUUGAUAGUACAGAUGGGGCCAAAGUUUUCAGUAAACAACCAGGAAGGAUCCAAAGGGUAGCAAGAGGUUCUGGCGUUUCCACUAGAGAUGUUCAAGAACUCUUAACACAGUACACCAAAUUUGCACAAAUGGUAAAAAAGAUGGGAGGCAUCAAAGGACUUUUUAAAGGUGGUGAUAUGUCAAAGAACGUAAAUCCAUCCCAGAUGGCAAAACUGAAUCAGCAGAUGGCUAAAAUGAUGGAUCCCAGAGUUCUUCAUCAUAUGGGUGGCAUGGCAGGAUUGCAGUCAAUGAUGAGGCAGUUUCAACAGGGUGCUGCUGGAAACAUGAAAGGCAUGAUGGGAUUCAAUAACAUGUAAAAAAAAAAGCCUUAAUAAACUGACCUGUUCAACUGUAUUUGCUGGAACAUCACUAAAAGAAUAUCUCCUUUUUGUUACAAUGGAGGAGAAUAUAAAUGCAGGAAAUGAUGCUUUUGAAACUUCAGUUCUGAAAGUUUCUAGAUUGAUUUCAAAAAAGUGGUUAUAUUUUUGCUUAAAUUAGUUUUUCUGUUUUAAUUUUGAUGUUACAUGGAGAGUUACAUUAAAAAGCAAAUCAUGUACAAAUUUAAUAUUUAGAGGAACUUUUUAAUUGCCUCAAGUGGCAGCCGUUAUAUUUGUAAACAAUUCAGAUCUUUGCCAGUAUGUCACAAAUAUACUGUAAAAUAAACAAGUGGUUGUAAAUUUAAGAAUUGAAUUUUUAUGACUUUGCACUGGGAUUCAGAAGAAAGCUUUGUUGCAAGGAAAUAAAGCAUUUGCCAGUGUUGACCUGCCUCCAAGAAUGUA